AUGCGUACUGCCGCGCUGACAGCGGUCGCGGUGUUGGCCUGCUGCCGGCCACCGCUACCCGCCGUCCGGGCCGCGUGCCUGCACACGGCCAGGGACCUGCAGGCCCAGGCCCGCGCGUCUGAGGUGGUGGUCAAGGCGCUGGCCAUGCGAGUGUGGCCGGAACCCGAUGGGCUGGUGGGCGGCCACUUUGCCGUCAUGGCCGUCUACAAGGGCGCCCGGGCCGUGAAAACCGUGUUGCACGUCGGCGGCACUGACUUGUUCAACAUGCACGACAAGAGAAUGAACGUGACGGGAUUUUCGAACGAUUUAAUGGGUGACGGGCAUAGGGUGUGCGGGGCCAGAGUGACGGUGGGCACGUAUUAUGUGCUGUUUGCAGACGUCGUGCAAGGCCGAUUUGUAGCCAAAGACAGACAAGGCGCUUUGGUCGAGUGGACAGACGGCAACGAAAGGGCCGUGUGGCACGGACUUGGUGAGUAG